AUGCCCUGUGUGCAAGCGCAGUAUAGCCCUUCACCGCCCGGUUCAAAUUAUGCAGCUCAGACCUACGCGUAUGGCUCGGAGUACAGCUCGGAGAUCAUGAACCCUGACUAUGCCAAGCUGACCAUGGACCUGAGCAGUACCGAGAUCACUGCCACUGCCACCACCUCCCUGCCCAGCUUCAGCACCUUUAUGGAGGGUUACUCCGGCAGCUACGAGCUCAAGCCUUCCUGCCUCUACCAAAUGCAAUCUGCCUCCUCCGGCCAGAGGCCCCUCAUCAAGAUGGAGGACACCCGGCUCUCCCCGUACCAGCCCUCACUGCCACCCUCCACGGACGAGGGGAUGCCCAGCACCUCCAUGUACUUCAAGCAAUCUCCGCCCUCCACACCCACCACGCCGGGCUUCCCUUCUCACCAGAGCCUGUGGGACGAGCCCCCGCUGCAGCCCACGCAGACCUGCCUGCCCCCCGGCCACCUGAUGGACGCCACCCCCAUGAAGACCGUGCCUCCCCGCUUCCCCCUCUUCCAUUUCAAGCACUGGCUUCCCUUCUCACCAGAGCCU